GUUAGCCAGCUCUCUGCGGCCCUCGAGGCGGUUCUGACAGAAGCUGGCGCCCUAGGAAGUUGUGAUAUACAGGCCUUACGUCUUGCUGUGGGUCUACAGACAGAGGAGAUCCGGUCGGCUCUCUCUGAACUCAUGGAGUAG